AUUUCCUCCCAGCUAACACCCAUAAAGGAGGAAGAACUAGGGAGGAAGAGUGAGGAUGAGAGAGCCAGAUCCACAUCAGCCCCAGCCAGCAGUGUCCACCCCCCUGCAACCAAAAGGUCAAAAUGUCUUAUGUAGUCGUCUUUCAGCCUCAGUCAACCCAUGGAUAUACAGCCGGCAGCCAGUGGAGUUCUAAUGUCUGUGACUGCUGCGAUGAUAUUGGCAUCUGUCUUUGCGGAACAUGUUUCCCCUGUUGCUUGGCUUGUAAAGUAGCCUCAGAUUUUGGCGAGUGCUGCUGUCUACCUUGCCUUUCAGGCACUGUUCUAGCCAUGCGUACCGGCAUCCGAGAACGAUACCGCAUUCCGGGCACUAUCUGCAAUGACUGCGUAAGCCUCACAUUCUGUGGCCAAUGCGCUCUCUGCCAGAUGGCGCGUGAGCUGAAAGCCAGGAGAUAAAGAAAGCAACAUGUCUACUUGAGGUGCAGACACAGAGAAUAUAACUGAGCGCCAUGUGGACAAGACUGAAGAAUGUAAGAAUGAAAAGAAAUAAAGGAUAGUGCAAGAUUAACUCUGCCAAGCAGAGACAAACUGAAAAAAGCAUGCUAUUAGGGACUUUCAUUACAUAUAAUGCAUGGAGAUACCUAGCAAACAUUUCAUCUAUUACUAGGCACUGUAUGCGAUGACUGGGUAUGCUUUGCGUUCUGCGGCCAAUGCACUCUCUGUCAGUUGGGAUUUCGCGAGAUAAAGACCAGGAAAUGAAGUAAUCAAAAUAUGUGCUUGGUGUGUGCACAGAGAAAAUAUCUAAUCAUUGUUUGGUUAAAACUGAAAAUGAAAGAUGUAAAUGGAACAAUUAAAAAAAUAUAUACUCACGAAGAUAAACGCAUGGACUAGAACACUAUACCCCAUUAUUAUAUAGAGUUAGCUAUGUUAGUUCACGUAUACAGCAAGACGAGCAAUGCAAUGAA